GCCGAGACAGUACAGGCGGCCACCAAGCUCAUUGAGCAAGGGCACGUACGGGUCGGAGUGGAAGAGAUUCGGGACCCGGCCUUCCUAGUGACCAGGAGCAUGGAGGAUUUCGUCACGUGGACCGUGGGCAGCAAGAUCAAGCAGAACAUUAUGAAGUACCGCGACAAGCUGGACGACUUUGAGCUGCUCUAAUCUGGGUUGGCCAUGGCAGCCUCGCGCAACAUGUGGGGGCUCCGCUCGAGCAGACCAAGAGUUUAUGACGGGAACCGACCGGCCUGCGGAGACUGCCGAGUACGGUGGAGAAAGCAUUUUGCGGAAAGGUUUUCAGCAUGGAAGGCGGCGUUUGGUUUAUUUUCAGUCUGGUGCCCGUGUACAAAAAUAUCAUGGACGGCAGGGACUAACAGGCGGACACUGCCACUUGUCCCACCUUGGCUUGGGACGGUCUCAGCACCGAGUACCAGUACUCGUGCCAACGGAAAGCCUAGAUACGGCACAAGGGUCUUGGCAGGUGUUGAAGUGGCAGUUUGGCAGGGCAAUACCAUGUUUAAUGGGACGCCUGGUGAUUGGGCCCGCCAUCUCAAAAUUGAACUGGAUAGUUGCCAGUCUCCUGAGAUCUGGGCCGGAAAAAACUACCUUCAGUACCUGGUAGGUAAUACUACUAGUAAGAGUACGUUUACCUUAACGUACCGUAUUUACUACCUGGCACUACUUGGUCGCUCUUUCUCUCCGUCCCAUCCCUUCCCACACGGCCCAGUUCCUAAGGAACUAUCCUACCUAGACCCUACUAUAGUUCAUCUACAACGCGCCUUCCUAGUACACGUCGGGUGUCUUUCAGCCCUCCCUCGUCUCCCCAGACCCGAGUAUGUACUGGUGGAUGCCAAGCUUGUCUGUUCCAAACCUCACUUCGCCUCCAACUAACUCCCGAAUCUGUAGCCUCGAACCAACAUCAUUCGAAAUCAUUACUACCGACCUAGACACCCCUUAAACAGCCACAGCCCUUUUCAAUGCCCUUAGUUCUAUUCGAGUUCUCGACUUCCAAUCUCUGAUAGCCCUUCUUCAUUUUGUCGAGUUUGCUUUGCUCGGGCCCCCUGAUGCCCACGCCGAUUGACAUCCACCUCGGGCGCCACCUACAAAGGCCAGUCGUCCGACAGAACCUCUCUGUCACCACUACUGGCUAAAACACUCCUAGAAUCGUCCAUUGGUCGAGACCAGAC